CGCACCAAUCAACUAUAACGAUUCAUUUAAUAUUAAUAAGUAAACUUUCAAGAUGGCUGCGUCCAGAGUGAUUUUGCAAAGUGAUUUCAAUUCGGCUUUAAGAGACAAAGAUGGCAAGGCAUGGAUCUCCUAUAAAUGCCAAGGAAAAGACUCCAUCCACAGUUAUCUGAAAACUACAGAGCUAAGUGAAUCCAGAAUACCAUAUGUGUCGUCUUCUGAUGGAUUUUCUGUACAAAGUGUGUCGGAGCGAAGAAUUGACAUCAACUUUGAAAAUGAUGGAGAAAGUUUACGAAGAACAUUUAUAGCUCCAGCUAUGACAUUUAGCAGUAUACACAAGGAGAGGAAGUCUGUUCACUGUAUGGAUGUGACGCUAGGUGGGCUUGGAGUGUCCUCAGAUUCUGAGGGACGGCUCAAAGUCUGGGAGUCUGGCUCUGGGGAUGUCCGGCGAGACCUGGAAGGUCAUUUUGGUGAUGUGUACACAUGCCAGUUUUUCCCGUCUGGUAUCGUGAUUCUGACUGGGGGCGCAGACAUGCAGUUGAAGAUAUGGUCCGCGGAGACGGGUCAGUGUGCAGCCACACUCAGGGGCCAUAAAGCUGGUAUCCUGGAAACAGCCAUAGUAGACCGGGGACGUAACAUUGUGUCAUGUGCGCGGGAUGGGACAUCACGACUUUGGGACUGCAGUACCCAGCAGUGCCUGGUUACUGUUGAGACAGAGGGGGGAAAUGUCAACUGCUGCACCCUGCAGGCCACACCUCCAGACUAUGACCUCGGCACACAGUCACAUACACCUGGUGAGCAGGAAGUAGGCACAGCUGGCAAGUUGCUGUUGUUGGGGUGUGAACGAGGCUAUCUCCAGGGAUACGGGCUUCAGACCAGGCAAAAGGUGUUUGAGCUGGACUGUCAUGAUGCGGUGAACUGUUGUAGAUUUGUCAGUGAGACAUGCGUGGCGUGUGGUACACAGGACGGACACAUCACCAUCACAGAUAUAAGGAAUAUCAGAAUGCCACUGCGGGAAUGGAAGGAGACCAGAAAUGCCAUCUUGUCCAUUCUCCCAUACAAGGGCGGAUUCUUCACAAGCACAGGUGAUGGUUCAUGUUUCUACGUGGACCAGAGCCAGGAGACUGUGCUGGAGCUAUGCGGUGCGGACUGUGACCCCGUGUACCGGGCUGUAUCUGAUGGGGCUGCUGUCUAUACAGCCUGUAGAGAUGGCCUCAUCCGCAAGUACCAGAGUGCAGAUAUCGAUCAAUGCCUUCAGUUGUAGAUCCUGGGUACUGACACUGCUUCCAUCCAUAAUGAUGGCGUCAUGGAGUACUCCUUUACUUCCCAUCAUAAGUUGGGCACUAUGUUUACCACCACAUGUACCCAUGUACAAAUAUUGACUCUUGUCUUAAAGUGACACACUCAUUCAAGAUCAAUACAUAUACUGUAUGAUAUACAUGUAAAACAAACAUAAAUUUUGAGUGAUAUAACUGUGUAUUUAAUAGCCAAAAAUGCAAAAAUAUUUAAUGAUUGGUGAAUGUUAAAAGAUUUACUGCGAUUUACUAUGGUCUCAAUAACAUGCUUUCUUUACAUUUCUUUUAUAUUAAACUCGGUAUCCUCCAUAAGAACCAUUGUUUUUUGACAUUUGUUCAUCCUUUUUUGUAUAUUUAAACACUUGUAUUAAAUGUGUUAAAUCUCUUCUUUGGGGGUAAUAGUGCAUAUUUGAGUGGUAGAGGUGGAGCCAUGGCAGGAAGGGCAGCUUUUGUACUUGGGUUUUUGAUAAAGUGAAUUCAAUAUUAAUGUCUUAUUUAUUGUAAUUUGCCACUUUUUCAAUUAAAAAUAUCUGAAAUUUAGUUUUGUUUUUAUAGGACCUCUUUGUGCUCUUGCUAUAAAGUAUAAUAUUAAUCAGUAAACAGCUUUUGAUUGCUCUUAAAAGCUGUAACAGCUCUUAGUGGACCCAUAAGAAAAAGACAGAUAAGGCAAUUACUAUUAAAAGUUGAAUGUAAACAAUUUGCUUGUUUUAUAUGAAUUUAAUGUAUCAUAAAUAUUCAGUGAAAAUAUUCAUCUGAAUAUGCUUACAUUCAAACUUCAUCUCAUUACUUAGUUUAAUUUGUUAAUUUUGCCAUCAUUUUGUUCAUGUGAUCUGUUAAAUGUUCAGUAACAUGCUAUUGUUAUGA